AUGAUUCGUAGAGAUUCUGGUGAAAUGUAAUAACAUACUUUUAGCCAACCUAAUUUCAGCAAAUCAACUAAAGAUAUUAAAUCCUCCAGAAAAGAAUAUUUAUUCUAAAAAUUGCCUUCCUUAGAUUCUACUCAGUCGAAUAAUUUUUGGCAAGUUAAGAAAGGAGGUUCUGCUAAUUACAUAGACACAGAAAGAGUAAAUACAGCGCAGAAAUCACUUACACCCUAGCAGUAUAAAAAGAAAAAAAAUUAAACAAUAUAAAUUGAGGAGACCACUUAAUUUGAUCUUGGUUCUAGUCGAAAUUUUUAAAGAUUAUUCACCAUAAAAAAUCAUCCUAAAUCAUCUACUGGCAGUGUAAAAACUCAAAGAGAAGAUAACACAAGUAUCAUUACCAAUCUAGUUUCUUAAAAAAAAUCACAUUAUCAUCAAGCAUCAUAAAUAUAGUAAACUUAAUCUUCAGUCCAAUAACAACAAUGUCCAUUUUCAGCUGGGAAAUCAAUCAAAGACAUUAUUUCAUCAUUUAAAGAUAAAAAAUCAAAAAAUGGUAUGACUCGUCAUAGUGAAUUUGAAAAAAUGGAAGGAUUGGAUGAUUACACCAAAGAAUUAGGCUCUAUUUUAAAUGAUGAUGAUCUCAUAGGACCAAUUCUCAAAGAAGUCAUUGAAAUGAAAGGAGUGGUUAAAUCACUCAUAGAUCUAAGCAAUGGCAAUAAACUUACCUAUCAUUUUGAAACCUUGAAGCAAUUACAUUCUACUCUAAAUAUAACUGAUCAAAUGUUCAAUAGAUUCAAAUAUCUAUAUCUUAAGUACUUGAUUUCAUUAAAGAUAAACAUGGAGGCAGUCUUCAAAUGUGCUUAAACUGUUGAAUCCUACAGAGGGGCUAUCGUUUCUAAGUCUCGGUCUGUAUAAAAUGUUAAGGAUAACAUCAGAAUUAUAGCUAAAAAUAUGUAUAGUCAAAUCUUCGAAGAUUUCUCUUUAAGUCCAUUAUUUAAAGGAACCAAGCAAGAGGAAUAAGCAAUCAAAUUCAGCAGAAUAUUUGGAUUUAUUUUGGGAUCAGCAGAAUCUACUAAUUAUGUGAUGGAUUCCAUGAGAGAUUUUCAUAAGGCUUUUGAAAUUACCUCUGUUUAAUACUCUAUUUUUAAAUACUAUUUAUCAGGAUCUUUAUCCAAACAUACUCAAAAGGAAGUCAUUUGGUAUGUUUUAGAGUAAACUGAUGCAUAUAAAGCAGCUGUUAUCAACUAAGAUAGCAUUAAAGAUUUGGUGUAUAAAUAAUAAGGAUUCGAUAAUCUUACUAGUGAAUUUAUCAAAUUAUGUUAGCAAGAUUAACUUAUAAAUAAGAAUUUCAUUCAUAAAGUUGGAUAUGAUCAAUUUGUAGAGCACACUAAAUAUUUUUUGCAUUAUGCUUUUAAUAAAUAAAAUAACUGUUUUACGCUUGAAGAUCUGCACUUAUUUCAUUGUUAACAUUCGAUUAGUCUAAAUCUCUAUCAAAGUAUCAAAGAAAAAAUGAUGAUCUUAUUGUCGAAAUUGAAUCCCCAAAGAAUAAUAUUCUAAGACUUUGAAGAUGAAUAUGAUUUGAUACUUCCAUACAUUACCAAUUAACAAUUACCUUGUGAUAUUGUAGGCUAAUAGAGAUUAUGUGAAUUUGUUCCAUUAAUAUCCGAUGAGUUGAAAUCAAAUGUUGAAAUCAAGAACAUAUUUGAUAGCAAUGAUGCAAAUAUAGAUAAAAUUGUUUUAAAAAAAUUUGAAUACUUGUUAUCAGGUAGAAAAUAUUUUAAAAGAUCUGACAUUCAAGCUAUUCAUUCUAGACUCAAAAUUAGUGAACAUUUAUUUCAAAAAUUUGUCCAUCUUAUUGAAAAAGCUAUAAAGCAGUAUGAUACUUCAUUGCUGUGGAUGGUUGACGCAAUAAAGCUCUGGAAAUAUAUCAUUAUCACAGUUUGA